AUGCACACAAAUAACUUGCAAUUAUCCUACCUGACUCAUGCCCUGUCGGCAGCUUUGCAUUUUUGCAUAAAGAAGUUCUCUAGGCCUUUUAGAAAACAUGGAGUUGUUCCUUUGGCCACAUACAUGCGAAUCUACAAGAAAGGUGAUAUUGUGGACAUCAAGGGAAUGGGCACUGUUCAAAAGGGAAUGCCCCACAAAUGUUACCAUGGCAAAACUGGAAGAGUCUACAAUGUUACUCAGCAUGCUGUUGGUAUUGUUGUAAACAAACAAGUAAAGGGCAAGAUUCUUGCCAAGAGAAUUAAUGUCCGCAUUGAGCAUAUUAAACAUUCAAAGAGCCGAGAUAGCUUCCUGAAGCGUGUAAAGGAAAAUGAUCAGAAAAAGAAGGAAGCCAAAGAGAAAGGUACUUGGGUUCAGCUGAAGCGUCAGCCUGCUCCACCCAGAGAAGCACAUUUUGUGAGAACCAAUGGAAAAGAGCCUGAACUGCUGGAACCCAUUCCCUAUGAAUUCAUGGCAUGAUAAAUAAAAAGAAAAUAAAAAACCUCAA